AUGGCGCCCUUCCACCCCGUGUCAGCGCCGGCCGCGGCAACUGACACAGUCACAACUUCGUUCCUCAUCGGCAAUCUCCACUGUCCCACCUGUGUCUCUUCUAUAAAGACCGCCCUGCAAGAGUCCUGCGGUGAGCAGGUCAAGUGGGUCUCGCCAAACAUCGUCACGUCCGUAGUGACGGUCGAGCACACACCGGCCGCAUCGUUCCAGCGGAUGCGAGAGGCACUCGAGGAGAGCGGCUUCGAAGUAUGCGCUGCCACAACCUCUUCCGGACACGUAUCUGACCUCGACAUGGCCAUGACCGACAGCCUGCCCAACGGGGAGGGCAGCAGCCGCCCCAGAAGUUCCAGGAAUGGCUCGGUGGCUACAGCUCUCAGUCAAUGGAUUCUUUCCUCAGGGCCUAGGGCGUCUCACCAUCAGAGGACCAACGCUCACCUCCUAAACUGUGGACAAUGCCGCAGCAGUGUUGGAAAGACCGGCACAGCGCCAGAUGAGAAGCAGAUACUGGAGACCACGUCGCGGUACUCGGAUUUGGCCUUGAGCAGUAGCGGCAGUUCGGGCCCUCAAGCACUGACGCCGUCCAAACCCUUUGUUGUGGUUGAGAGCGACCAGGAUUCAUCAGGACCGCUCUGGAGAGCCACAGUUGCAGUCGGGGGCAUGACGUGCGCCUCGUGCGUCAACAUGAUUACCGAGAACCUGAGCAAACGGGAGUGGGUGUCAAAUGUCACGGUCAACCUGCUCAACAACAGUGCGACUGUGGACCUAAUCGAGAAAGAAAAGGCGGACGAGCUAAUCCAGGCUAUCGAGGACCUCGGCUACGAGGCAACGCUGGACGCCGUUACCGAAAUCAAGCAAAACAAGGCCAAGGGCGUUGUUAAGCCAGAUACCUGGAGGGCUACGCUUGCUGUUGGGGGAAUGACGUGCGCCGCAUGCGCCAAUACAAUCACCAAGGAGUUGAAGAAGAAGGAUUGGAUCCGGGAUGUCAUUGUCAAUGUGCUUUCCAACAGCGCGACUGUCGAAUUCCAAGGCCGAGCCAAUGCUGACAAGGUGGUUGAGGCGAUUGAGGACCUUGGGUACGAUGCAGCACUCGAUGCCGUCGUCAGCCUUGAUCAGGAGGUUGCCGAAAAUCACGAGAGGACGGUAGAAAUCAGGAUUGGCGGCAUCUACUGCGAGCACUGCCCUACCCGGGUAACCAACAGCCUCGCAGGGUUUAGGCGACAGUUGUCCGUCAUCAACCAACCGACCCUCCAGCGUCCGAUCAUGAAGAUCUCCUAUGUCGCGGACGCACCAGCAUUCACCAUCCGGCAAAUUCUAGCCGCCAUCGAGGCCAGUGAUCCACAAUUCACUGCGUCAAUAUACCAUCCGCCAAGCCUAGAAGAGCGGUCUAGGCUCAUUCAACGAAAACACCAGCUACAAAUCCUUUACCGCGUUGUCUUUACCGGGCUCGUGUGCAUUCCGUCGUUCAUUAUCGGCAUCCUGUACAUGAGCCUGCUCCCUGACAGCGAAUCGAAGCACUUCAUGAUGCACCCGUGGACCUCUGGAAUUAGCAGGGCCCAGAUUGCCCUUUUCAUCAUGGCCACCCCUGUGUACUUUUUUGCCGCUGACCUCUUUCACCGGCGAGCCUUCAAGGAGAUCAUGACCCUAUGGCGGCGAGGGAGCAGGGUGCCUCUGCUGCAGCGCUUCUACCGAUUUGGCAGCAUGAACACGCUCAUGUCGCUGGGCACCACCAUCGCCUACAUCUCGUCGGUUUCGCAAAUGAUUGCGGCAGCGGUACACCGGCCGGCCGAGACCAACGACUCCAACUUCUACUUUGACUCGGUGGUGUUUCUCACCUUUUUCCUGCUUCUCGGCAGGCUGAUCGAGAGCUACAGCAAAUCUAGAACCGGCGACGCUGUAGAGAUGCUGGGAAAGCUCCGCCCAACGACGGCCACCCUGGUCGAGGGUUACGGAACGGAGAAAGCAGAGGAUGUCGUUGUCAAGGCGGACCUGCUCGAUUUCGGCGACGUUGUCCGUGUCACUCAUGGCGCCUCGCCGCCCGCAGAUGGCAUUGUCGUGUCUGGCGAGAGCAACUUUGACGAGUCCAGCCUCACCGGCGAGUCUAGACCGGUGAAAAAGACCCCUGGCGAUGAGGUUUUCUCCGGAACAGUCAACAACGGCGGUUCGCUGCUGGUGCGGAUCACUGGCGCGCCGGGUCAAUCGCUUCUGGACCAGAUUGUCAAGGUCGUCCGCGAGGGCCAAACGAAGCGAGCCCCAAUCGAGCAGAUCGCCGAUUUGCUGACUUCAUACUUUGUCCCUGUUGUCACCCUCAUUGCUAUCCUCACAUGGAUCGUGUGGCUUUCCCUGGGCGCCAGUGGCCGGAUUCCGGGACAUUUUUUGGACGUUACGUCUGGCGGCUGGGUCGCCUUUUCCCUGCAGUUUGCCAUCUCCGUCUUUGUCGUCGCAUGCCCCUGCGGUCUCGCACUUGCGGCGCCGACCGCCAUUUUUGUGGGUGGGGGUAUCGCCGCGAAGCAUGGCAUUCUUGCCAAGGGAGGUGGUGAAGCUUUCGAAAAGGCCAGCCGCGUCGACUGUGUCGUCUUUGACAAGACCGGCACGCUGACUAUGGGCGGAGAGCCAAGCAUAACCGACUCGGAGCUGUAUGCUGACGAUGAGGCCCAGAGAGACUCGAUCCUGGCGGCACUCAAAGCAGUCGAGGAGAACAGCAGCCACCCGAUCGCGAAGGCCAUUGUCUCCUUCUGCGCCGCGAAGACGACAUCCAAAGUGACCAUCGACAGCUUACAAGAAGUUCCUGGGAAAGGAAUGAAAGCGACCUACCGCAAGGCCGGCAGCGAAGCGGCCUCCGAGAUUGCCGUUGGCAACGAGGCGCUCAUGGAAGACCUCUCAGUACUUAUCCCCUCGUCUACAGCGCAAGUUCUCCAACAAUGGAAGAGUGAAUCCAAAUCCAUCGCCCUUGCCGCAACCGCCGCCUCUCCCUCCGGGACCUGGACACUCGCCGCCGCUCUCUCCAUCUCGGACCCCAUCCGGCCCGAAGCACCGCCCAUCAUCCGUGCGCUUCAACAAUCGGGCAUCCGCGUGUGGAUGCUGUCAGGCGACAACCCGACCACAGCGUCAGCCGUCGCGCUGCAGCUGGGCAUCCCGCAAGAUCAGGUCAUGGCGGGGGUCUUGCCGACGGGGAAAGCCGACCGGAUCAAGUACCUGCAGUCGACCCUCAAAGCAAACGCACCAGCACACCCCAACACCACCAACAGCGAGGAAUCAACCGCCCGUCGCGCGACGGUGGCGAUGGUCGGGGACGGGAUCAACGACUCGCCAGCACUAGCAACAGCCGACGUCGGGGUGGCGGUGGGGUCGGGCGCCGACGUGGCCAUCAGCAGCGCCGACUUUGUGCUGCUCAACAGCGACCUGCGCAGCGUUCUGACCCUGCUGGACCUGUCGCGCGUCGUGUUCCGCCGCAUCAAGUUCAAUUUCGGCUGGGCCGUCGUCUACAACUGCCUUGCCCUUCCCGUUGCCGCGGGCGUGUUUUACCCCAUUGUUGUUGGGGACGGCGAGCACGUCCGUCUGGAUCCUGUCUGGGCUAGUCUGGCUAUGGCGUUGAGCAGUAUUAGUGUGGUGGUGAGCUCGUUGAUGCUUAGGUGGGAUUAUACCCGCGAUAUGGCAGUUCAUUUUUGA